CCGCCGUGGCGUAGCAGGGUUGCAGUGCGCAGGCGUAGGCGAGCGCGGAGGCGCGGUCACCAUGGCGCUACAGUAGCGGUGCAGGUGCCUGGGAUCCAGGAUGAGCGCGUCCGAGACGGACCGCUGGGCUUGGUUGCUGGUGUUGAGCUUCGUGUUCGGAUGCAACGUGCUGCGGAUCCUCCUGCCUUCCCUGUCCUCGUUUAUUUCCAGGGUGCUACAGAAAGAUGCAGAACAGGAGUCACAGAUGAGAGCAGAGAUCCAGGACAUGAAGCAGGAGCUGUCCACCGUCAACAUGAUGGAUGAGUUUGCCAGAUACGCCAGGCUGGAAAGGAAGAUCAACAAAAUGACAGACAAGCUCAAAACACACGUGAAGGCACGGACAGCUCAGUUGGCCAAGAUCAAGUGGUUUAUCAGUGUUGCUUUCUAUGUAUUGCAAGCAGCGCUGAUGAUCUCACUCAUUUGGAAGUACUACUCCGUCCCUGUGGCUGUGGUGCCCAGCAAGUGGAUCACCCCGCUCGACCGCCUGGUAGCAUUUCCUACUCGAGUAGCAGGUGGAAUUGGAAUCACCUGUUGGAUUUUAGUCUGUAACAAAGUUGUGGCCAUCAUUCUCCACCCUCUCAGCUGAGGGGAAGGCCAGCUGCAAGUCUUCACAAAGGAUUCUGAUAGGGUAAAGAGCGGAUUGCACACAAGUCCACAGAGUCUUGUUUUUUAUGUUUCGGAAUAUGUUUGCUUUUGUGUGUCACCUGGGAUUCUCGUUGAAGUCAGGAUUUUCUGCCUCCACCACUGAGCCAGAAAGACCAGUUAUGGCACUCCCGUGCCGUGUGACGCAGCUCUGGAUCCAUGACUGGUACCACCAAGCGGCAUCUGCUGGUGCUUGUUCUGGGCAUGGCUUAGGUCUGUCGCCAGCUGCAAAGUCAGACUUGGAACAACUCCGACAGUGCCAUUUUUUAGUUUUAGAAAAUCCCACAUUUUUCAUACCACUACUAAACUUCCUCUAUUUCAGUUAUUGAAAGUGACACAUGCUAGUGGACAUCGCUGUGCUUGUCCCCUUGAAACGUUACACAUAAGUGUGUGAAAAGUAUCGCUGUAUGUCUAAGCUUGUUAAUUUUUCAUAGUGGUUUCUACAUGUGUUCAUGAGACUACGUAUAUUUUUAUUUAAAGCAUUUCAAAUGAGUCUGCCUUUAAAGCAUUGGGUGUUUAUGCUGUGCAGAGUGGAAUAGGUUAAGCGAGGUGUGGUCUGAUCCAGUUCAUCUGAGACUCCUUAGGCUCAUGAAGUUAUUAGGCAGAAUUCAGCCAAGUCUAGUUGUUUUUGUUUUUGUUUUGUUUCUCUCAAGGUCUCUCAGUGUAGCUGCGGCUGUCCUGAAAUUAUGUAGACCAGGCUUGUCUCAAACCCACAGAGAUCCACCUGCCAGAUAGAAUUAAAGGUGUGUGUGCUACGCCAAGACUGUUUUUGAAGCACUUUUCCUAGUUAAGUAUUUGCCAGUGCUAGUGUGACUGUCCCACCAGCCUUACUGCAGGAGCAGUCCAUCACCGCCUGGGGUGCAAGCUGUGGUGUUUGCCUCUGGGGAACCAUAGCACGGAAAAGCUACCUGCCUGCCCUGCAUGUCUCUGCACAGCUCUGGCUGUCCUGGAAUUUACAGGAAUCCUCUUGUCUCUGCCUCACAGCUGCCGAGAUGAAAGGUAUAGCACUGGGUUUUGAAGGAUCAUAUUUAUAUUCCCGUGCUUCCUAAUAAUCUCCUAUGUAGCUCUUUGUUAUUCUGACUGUACUGUGAACACACCAAGUGUGCAACCCUUGGGUUGGUUGUAGACCGAGCACCACCAGAGCAGGCUUGAAAGUCUAUUGAUUUAAGCUCAGCAGAUGCUGCAGAUAGACCCACGUGGCACCGAGGUGGCUUGGCUGUAUUUUUACUGGGCACAAACGGAGCAAAUAGCCAACAUUGCCUGGAGACCUGCCCACUAGCUGCAGCGUGCGCACCAUGAAGGAAGCACAUGGUCUACACAGGUUCUGGACCUGAGGAGGCUGGCUCAGAAUCUGGGCUCCCUCCAGGGAUUCAGCCCUGGGGUGGGGGAGGGUGUGCGCUUUCCUCCUUUUUGUAGUGAGCCACAGUCUGUGAUGGUGCUUUUUGCCCACAUCAUCUAGGUAGCCAGGGUCAGCAUCCCCAGGCCACUUGGAAGGGCAAUCAAAAGAAAGUCCCCAGACCACAUGCCUCUCACAGGACUCGUGAUUUCAGCUGACCUGAAGGAACAAGUGACUGUCAGUGUUCCCAUGUGUGUAAUGUGGAUGUCAGCGCUUCCACACGCAUAAUGUAUGUAAGACUGUUAAUGUUCCUGUGUGUGUAGUGUAUGUAACACUGAGUAGGGGACAUCCGUGUGUUUUUUUCCCCCAAAUUGUAUUUAAAAAUGGGUAAUAAAACACUGAGUUAAAAAGGGA